AUGGCUUCUCGUCAGCAGCAGCCAAAGAAAAGGGAUAGAACCAACGAGAACUGCGACAAAGCGGUCAAAAACAUCAUGUGGCGUUGUGAGCAGAUACGACGACGAUAUGGAGCCGACGUGUACGUUCAAGUCCGCUUCAAAAGCAGGCACUAUGAGUACACGUCUUCCUCUGAGCACCAUUUUCCUAAAUCUAGAGCCGAGUUGGUAUGUUCAAUCAGACUGCCGUCCUCCGAGGCUAUCCCCUAG